GCAUAGAAUCUCCUGUCUGUCACUUUUUGAUUAUGCAUUUUUCAAUCAUUUUCAGCUUUAUUUUUUCGACUUGUGAGGGUAAAUAACAUCUUCGUCUGACUCGUUAUGGCUUGGCUCAAAACGAGCCACAGGAAUAACGUGCAAAAGUAUAAGCUUCUUGAGAACAUCUCAAGUUUUCCUGAGACUGACUCAGAUGAAGCUGAAGACUGUAUCCAUGACGACGAUGACAACAAGAUCGGCUUGAAGAAGGAGGUGGGCCUAAUAGGAGGCGUGGCCUUGGUCGUUAACUCCAUCAUCGGAUCAGGGAUCUUUGUUGCUCCUCAGGGGGUACUACUCGACGCCCAGAGUGUUGGGAUGAGUAUGGUGGUGUGGGUGGUAUGUGGGAUCGUCGCUUCACUGGGAGCUCUCUGCUUCGCCGAACUAGGAUCCAAGGUCCCUCAAUCUGGUGGAACGUACACCUACAUACUACUAGCGUACGGUGAUCUUCCUGCUUUCCUUGUGUCGUGGGCUUCUACUAUCAUCAUCAAACCGGCUAGUGGAGCUCUGUUGUCAUUAACCUUUGGGUAUUAUGUGGCAGAGUACAUCACAACUGGGAGUUGUCCGCCUGCGGAUUUGGCGGUGAAACUAUUUGCAAUGCUUGCUUUAAUGAUGGUAGUAUUCAUCAACUGUAUGAGUGUGCAGGCAGCCAACUCAUUGCAGAUUCUGUUCUCUGUAUCCAAAAUACUGGUUCUGACAUUAAUCAUCAUAACUGGAUUUAUAAUGAUCUUAAAAGGUCAACACCAGUACCUAGAUCCGUCCGUUUCCUUCAAAUCUUCAUCGACUGAUAUUUUUGGCUAUGCAUUAGCAAUGUACCAGGGGUUAUGGGCAUUUUCUGGCAUGGAGGUGGUCAAUACGGUUGCUGAGGAAAUUGUCAAUUCUGAGCGAAACAUUCCACUGGCAAUAUUCAUAGCUAUGCCUUUUAUAACGGUGGUGUAUCUGAUGACAAACGUUGCAUACUUCUCUUUACUGUCACCCGAGGAGGUGUUAGCUUCAAGUGCAGUGGCUGUAACCUUUGCGGAUCGAUCGUUUGGCACCAUGGCUUGGGUUAUACCACUUGGCGUGUGCAUCUCAACGUUCGGAGCUCUUCUUACGGCGUUUCUUGCUGAUUCAAGAGCCUCGCUAGCCGCAGGACGUGAGGGUCACAUGUUGAUCUUAGCAUCCUUGGUGACCAUCAAGUGGAAGACUCCUGCACCAGCACUUGUACUUCAGGGAGUUACUGUGGUUGCUUUAAUAAUGGUUGGGAAGUUCAAACCAUUAUUUAAAUUUACUGGCACGGUUGUAUGGUUGAUUAAUGCUGCAACCUUUUUUAGUGUGAUCAUUCUGCGUUAUAAGCUACCACGCUGUCCAAAUAGUUUAAAGAUUCCUACACUGGUUCCCGUCCUAGCUACACUGUUCUCUAUAUACAUGAUACUGGCACCCAUCAUUGCUGAGCCAACAGCGGAGUAUUUAUACGCAGUGUUAUUAAUGUUGCUUGGAGUGGCUUUUCACACUGUCUUCAUUAGAUAUGGCUAUCAUCCUAAAUCAAUGGAUUCGAUCACAAGGUUUUUCCAAAAGUUAUUUUUUGCUGGUCUGUCGUCGUUUGAAUCCGUCACAUGAUGAAAUAUCGGGAGCUGACUGUAGCUGUGUCCACCAGAGAGGAGGUGGUUUUCGAUUCUUAUUGGUCAAACCAAAAUUUCAAGAACUACUCUCUUCUCAUUGGUCAAACCAAGAGUCAAGAACUAGUCUCUUUUAAUGUGGAUACUGUUAUAUCAAAGUUUACUUUUCAAUUCAAUUUGAUUAUAUUAUUGUCCAUAAAAUGGAAAUUUGCUAUGUCGAACAUGCUCAUUACCGGAACAGUACAUUUUCAAAAUAACAGAAUUACAAAUUAUGCUGAAGAAUAACAUUUUUCAAUAUUUAUUGUGGAAAUUUGCUAUGCCAAACAUGCUCAAAACUGUAAUAAAUAUUUACAAAAUAAAAAAAUUACAAAACCAUUCUAAAGAACAACAAUGUUUACUGUAAGAAAAACUCAAAACUGUAUUCACCAUAAGGCAUAUCCAAAAACAUAACUUCAUUUGUCAAUGUUUAUUGUCCAUAAAAUGGAAAUAUACUUGUCGACAAUGCUCAUAACUGUAACAAUAUAUUAAGAAAAUAACAGAAUCACAAAUUAAUCUGAAAAAAUGAGUGGGGCAUGAGCCACAACAAUGCAAACCUGUUGUUAUUUUGGCUGGUAACCUGUUUCUGCUCAGCAAUACUUUUCUGUUCUCUACCAAAGAUCUUUCCGGCCCGCUUAGCAGCUGUCUGUAUUUUGACUAAGUCUCUUCUUUUGCACCUCUAAACCAGAAGCAGAUUUCAUGAAGCACGAGGAUCAAUUCUAUCUUGAUUUAGGACGAGUAACCCAUCCUAACUUAGGAUGAGUUCAAUGCGUCCUAACGUCUAUGAAUAUGGAACUUAAC